AUGGCAACGGAUGAGGAUGAGGUGCCUACUCGACUCUGGUUGCCAAAUCCAAGCCAUUAUCCAAGCGGUAACCCAUUAACCGCGAGCACCAAUUUCUACGUGAUACCGGAACUGAGUGCGCAACCCACUCGCACAAUCAAGAAGGAUGACUUAAACCUUCCCCUUGGAAUGGUACUAGCUGACGAAAACUUCAACCAUCCAGGACCAAUUGAUGCAAUAUUAGGCGCUGGAAUCUGCUUUGACUCGGCUAGCUUCCAUAAGCAGAGUUGCCAUAAUGCUACGUGCAUCGAUGACCUGAAGUCAAGCCUCGAACGCUUUUGGAAGGUGGAGGAACUACCACCUGAUGUUACGAACCAAAAGGGCCUUUUAGACCGUGAGCUCGAGGAGCACUUUAAGACGCACACGCGGAUCGCCGAUGAUGGUCGAUACAUCGUCCGGAUUCCGCUACGGGGGGAGCUUAACCAGCUCGGAGAUUCCAUCGAGCAAGCGCAGCGACGUUUAUUAUCUCUUGAGCGGAAAUUGUCCCGGCAUGAAGACACCUACGUGGAAUACCGCAAGUUCAUGCGCGAGUAUCUCGAUCUAGGACACAUGGUUCCAGUACCGGCCGAAAAAACGUACCGUCUGGGUGGCUGA